CCCGUUCUUUCUCAUUUCGCUUCUCGUCUCGUCGCCGAUCGUUUCCUCUCUCGACUCCUCGUCUUGCAGAUCUCGUCUCCUCCAUGAACUGAUCGAUCGCCAUGGCGGAGAUGUCAAGUCUCCUUGAGAUCUUUGUGGAAGGCGGCGUCGCCGUCUCCGCUGCCGCCGCACCGAGGGAUCUCGUCCAGAGGCUCCGUUCCGGCUCCGCCAGACCCGGUCUCGAACGCCUUCUUGCCAUCCUCAACGCCGGUAUAGAGGACUCCGGCGAUGGUCGCCUCGGAUUCCAGAGCUGGUCGCGCGAGCAGAUCGAGGGUGUCCUCGCAGUAUCGCGACUCGUCGUCGCUGCGCUCCUCGGCGCUUCAGUGGAGCAGGUGGGACCAGUGGCGUCGGCCGUCGUGGCGAGGUCGAUGGAGUUAGGCAUCAUUUUUCUGGAGCGUUCGAAAUUUGAUUGCGAAGAUUUAGGAUUGGAGAAUGGAUUUGCAUCGUUGCUGGAGUUAGUUUUGGGUGACAGAACUUUGACCGAGUCUGAAUCUCAACAUUGUGAAUCUAUAAACACCUACAUAGAGCAGAUACUAGUUAUCCCAGUCAGACCAUGUCAUGUGGACUACAAAAACAUUCUUACAUGUCAUCAGCAAGGUUUUGACUGCUUGGAUGAUAGAAAUAUAGUAGAGAAUCUUCUAGUUUCUUUAUCGUCAGAAUCUGUCCAACCAGAUUCUGUUUCCACUCUGUUCACUUCAAAAGUUGACCUGCGAACUCCAGACAACAUUAUCUCUGCAGCAAAACACUUCAUUGUUGUUCACUUGAAGUGUUUAGCUUGCCUCCUUACACUGUGUGAAAGGCUGCUUUGCCCACCAGCUUCCUUAGAUCAACAGAAGAAUGAUGUGAAAUUUACUUUGAGACUGUCUUUUAGUCUGAGAAUGCUAAAGUAUCUUAGGAAUCUUGUCAAGGAGGUUCACUGCGGUGCUUGUGAUAUGAAGUUGCUGCAUGCUGUCGCAAGCUAUGCAGACACAUUGCCAUCCUUGUUUAAAUUGAAGUUUGAUUUUCUUGAUGGCAAUAUGGACUUUAAAGAGAGCACUCAUGGGAGUGUGCUGUUGCAAAUUUUUGAAGAGUUUCUUCAGUUUGGCAAAAUUGUCUUCUAUGACAGUAAUGUAUCUCGCAAUAUCCAAGCAUGUACAAUUGCUUCCAUGGUAGAAAUUUUAGCUUCUGAUGCCUGGAGAUAUGAUAGAUUGUCUUCUCCUCCAAGGCCUCCCUUAGUUUAUUCUCCACAAGUUGUUCUUUGCUUAUUAAAGUUUCUUAAGGAUGCUAAGAGCUGGGCAUCUCCAAUUCAUGACAUCAAGAUAAAUCUGAAUGCUAUAUCAUCUGACUGUUCAUGUGAGUUUGAGGCUGAUGAUGGCCCUUCAUGCCACAUUCGUGAUGAGAAGGUUCUUUUGCACAAGAGACACUCAUUUGAGCAACUUUUGAACAUUAUAUUUCCAGUUUCAAGGAAAUGGAUCGAUAGCCUAUUGCAUCUUGUAUUUUUCCUACAUUCAGAAGGUGUCAAAUCAAAAAUCACUGAAAAAUCACGCUCAAGAUCAAUAAAACUAGUUAUUGCUCCAGAGGUUGACACUGCAGUGACUCAUGAAGAGGAAGCUAUAUUUGGGAAUCUCUUUUCUGAACCUGCUAAGCCUCCUGUUUCAGCAGAUGUUGAUCAACCAUCAACUGCAGUCGCUGGUUCAAUCAAUUCUGAUUUGCCUUUUCAAGCAGCGUCAGAGUUACUGAGUUUUCUGAAACUUUGUAUAUUUUCUCCAGAAUGGUGUCAUUCAGUAUUUGAGAAUGCCUGUAGAAAGGUUGACAAAAACCAUAUAGAUCAGUUACUAUCAUUGCUACAUUACUGUCCUGAUGGAAGGAAUGGGAUCUCACGAGUGUCAGAUUCUUCUUCCAGUGUAUUGUGUAUAAGUGGGAUCUGCUUUGACCUUCUACAAAAUCUAUUGGUUCAUCAUGUCUUAUCAAGUUCACUCAAGGACUACCUUGUUGACCAGGUUCUUAAGGUAGAAGAUGGUAUCUAUGUCUACAAUCAGUAUAGUGUUGCUCUCUUAGCUAAUGCUCUUAUUUUGCGCGAGGAAUCAGAUGAUAGACAUAUGAUGAAGAAGAUAUGUGAAGGAUAUGUUAAUUUCAUUCUACAGAAGGCAAGGGAUAUUUUUUGCAAAUGCCCUGUAUCCAGUGUCAUCCUUUCAAGUCUGCCAAGUACUUUUCACUUGGAAAUUGUAUUGAUGUCCUUUCAUCUGUCAAAUGAUGCUGAAAAAGUUUCUCUUGCUAGUUUUAUAUUUAAUUCACUCAAAGAAUUGAAUACUCCUCCUUCAGGUUUUACUGUCAAACAAUUAUUUUGGUGGGGUUUAGCGGUUUCAAGGAUUCUCUUGAUCCUGUGCCAUGUAGUAAUGUACCCAUCUAUGUGCCCAUCUUGGUUGCUUCUCCGGUUGAGGUUCAGGAUGAGGGAAGUCCAGUCUAAGUCAUUCGACACCAUUCCACAGGGCAAUCACAUACCAUCCUGGGCAUUUACAGUGGCACAAAGCUUGCUUGCUAAUUCUGUCAAUGAGGUCCCAACUAUGGUUAGUAACCUCUUGCCUCAUUUAAUUGAUGUUGCCAUCCCUCCUGCUUCAUACUAUACAGUAAACAUGACUCAACAACACUUGGGGCUGAACUUGACUGAACUGAUCUCUACAUUCUCUUGGAUUCUUGAUUUUUGGAAAGGCAAAGAAUUGGAAACAGCUGAACAAUUACUACUUGAACGUUAUAUGUUUUCACUUUGUUGGAGUGUAAUCUCAACAAAUUUCCCAGAUUCAAGAGACACAUGCCUUCAUGGGCACAAUUGGAAGGAUCUUGAUGUGGCAGAUGUUAAGUCCUUCCUGAGCUUUGGCCUUAUUAUGGUGAUUCAAGACACUGAUAUUGGUGAGGAUGUUGAUAUUUUUGGAGUCAUUUAUAAUAUUCUGACUCAGAUUCAUUCUAAGCAGCUAGAAAUUCCAUCGAUACAGAGUUUGGAUUUACUCAGGAAUAAUGCAUGGAUUUCACUUGUGCUUGUGCUUCUUAAUGCUGGUCUUUUAAAAUGCUCCAAGGAAAAUAAUCAUGAUCUGCAUUACUUGGCUAAUCAAUCUGCAAUUGUUGGAUUGUUACAUGUUAAGGAAAGUAUAAUUCCUAAGAUUUUUCAAGGGAGCAAUGAUAUACAACUCAUUAAGGUAUUGUCAUCUAUUCUAAAGACACAGUUGCAAAUCCUUCACAAAGCUAUCAUAUUCACCCUUGAUCACAAACGACCUUUUGGGGAUGUGUUCUCUCCACUUUUAUUGGUUACACACACCUUACUGGCAAAAUCAAAGCAAAAAACUCUUUUGGAUAAGAGCGGUUGCAGUCUUUCAGACUUGGAGUCUGUAUAUGGACUUUUACCAAAACUGGAUGAAUUUGCAAUGAAAGAGGAUUAUGGAAGCAUAAAAAGUAUUAUCAUGAUGAGCUUAUUGCACGGCUUUCCAUCAAAGUUAGAUCAUUCUGAUGGCGCUCUUCAUUCUUGUGUUCUUGCUAUAAAAGAGAUAAUAUGUUUCUUAGAUUUCUAUGUUAAGAUCAAAGAUGCAAGAGGUGAAAUAGGAAGCGAUGUCAUUUGUGAGCUGCUGGAGACAAUAACUGCAGUGAAAUGUAAUAGAUUAUUCGGAUGCAUUCAUGGAAAGUGUGAUACUGUUUGUGAUAGUCUGAUUGAUCAGAAGGAACUUUCUGGUUAUCAAGAUCUAUUUGCCUUGAAACAGUUGGAAGGUUUUCUUGAAAAAAUUAAUUCCAGUGAGAUGAUCGAUGCAGAAAUGCAAGAAUUGCUGGUUGAUAUCAUUAUUGAUCUGAUUGAUGCCCUCAGGAGAGAUAACGACAAGAAACAGAUUUUUGACUUUUUCUUAGGCAUUGAUGAAGGUGUGUCUAAAAAUGAUAAGGAACUUUUUAAUAAGCUGCAUGGUAAUGUGUUGGUUCUCAUCAAUGCUUUGGAUAACUGCCACACAGAGACAGUUAAUUUGAAGGUUUUGAAUUUAUUGGUCGAUCUCUUGUCGUAUGGGCUCUGCUCGAGUCUCAAACAUCAAAUUCAAAGGAAAUUGAUUGAAAUGGACUUGGUAAUCCUUUCAUGUUGGUUAGAAAAGAGGCUUCUGGGAAUGUUGACUGAAUCUGAUGCUGGAUGUAUGAUUGCAAAAGGAAGUUCCUCUGCACUUAGAGAAUCAACUAUGAAUUUUCUCGUACAUCUUGUAUCUCAGCCAUGUGAAAUGUUCACAGAACUUAAGGGUUGGAUUACUGAAGCUUUGCUUAUUCCACUCGAUCAAGCAUUUAUUUCUUUUGACUUUCAGAUUGCCAAAGCUUACUUCAAUUUUGUUGUUCAGUUUUUGAAUGGCGAUCCUUCUGCAAUGAAGCAACUCAUCAAGAAAACUAUAAUUCUAAUGGAGAAAUUGGUGGAUAAUGAAAGCUUGCUUCAUGGAUUGAAUUUCCUCUUUAGCUUCAUUGGUGCUGUAUUGGGUGACCCCAGAUCUGACAAGAGUAGCUCAAAUAAGGUUUCAUCAAAACUUUGUUUGAGCAAUAGUUUUGGUGCUGGAUCUGUAGUUGCAAAGACGAUCAAUUCAAGAAAAAAUUCUGAGAGUUUGGUUCUUCCUACCAAUCAAGAAAGUGGUUCUGUGUCGCUUGAUUGUGAUGCAACUUCUGCUGAUGAAGAUGAUGAUGAUGCAACAUCAGAUGGGGAAUUUGGCAGUAUUGAUAAAGAUGAGGAAGAUGAUAAUGAUAGUGAAAGGGCAUUGGCCUCUAAAGUAUGCACAUUUACUUCAAGUGGGAGCAACUUCAUGGAACAACAUUGGUAUUUUUGCUAUACUUGUGAUCUAACUAUUUCUAAAGGUUGUUGUUCAAUAUGUGCAAAGGUCUGCCACCGUGGGCAUCGUGUUGUCUAUUCCCGAUCAAGUCGUUUUUUCUGUGAUUGUGGUGCUGGAGGAGUCAGAGGAAGCAGCUGCCAGUGUUUGAAGCCUCGGAAAUUCACUGGAGAUGAGAAUGUUCCACCUCAUGGUGUUAGUAACCUCCAUUCAUUAUUAGCUUUCCCUUCAGAUGGUGAUCAGGGAGCAGACAGUGAUUCUGAUUUGGAUGAUGAUGCUUGUGUGGACACUGAUAAUUCUUUUAAGCUGUUAAUUCCGGAACAGGUGCAAGAUGAAUUACCUUCACUACUUGGAAGCCUUGGUCUAGAAGGUCAGCUUCUGAAACUAUGUGAUAGACUUCUUCCUGCUGUGAGUAGCCGGAGAGAAUUAAACUUUUCAAAAGAUAAGAAGGUAAUUCUUGGUGAUAAUAAAGUGUUGUCUUAUAGCAUUGAGCUUUUUCAAUUGAAGAAGGCAUACAAAAGUGGAUCUCUAGACCUUAAGAUAAAGGCAGAUUAUCCAAACUCUAGGGAACUCAAAUCACAUAUAACUUCUGGUUCUCUCAUAAAAUCAUUACUUAGUGUCAGUGCAAGGGGCAGGCUUGCUGCUGGAGAAGGUGACAAAGUGGCGAUAUUUGAUGUUGGACAACUGAUUGGACAACCAACUGUUGCACCAGUAACUGCAGACAAGACAAACAUCAAGCCACUGUCAAAGAACAUAGUUCGCUUUGAAAUAGUUCAUUUGAUUUUCAAUCCUGUGGUUGACAAUUAUCUGGCUGUUGCUGGACUUGAGGAUUGCCAAGUUCUUACUGUAAAUCUUCGUGGUGAAGUGACUGAUAGACUUGCCAUUGAACUUGCCUUGCAAGGUGCUUAUAUUCGACGAGUCGAUUGGGUUCCUGGAUCACAGGUUCAGCUAAUGGUAGUUACUAACAUGUUUGUAAAAAUAUAUGACCUGUCACAAGACAAUAUAAGUCCCAAGCACUAUUUCACGCUCUCUGAUGAUGUUAUUGUGGAUGCUACACUUGUUCCUGCUACCAUGGGUAAAGCAUUUUUGCUUGUUCUGUCAGAAUCUGGCCGUUUAUUCAGAUUUGAAGUGUCAAUGGAGGGUAAUGUUGGAGUAAAUGCCCUGACAGACAUCAUAGCUGUUCAGGAUGGGGAUGUUCUGCGUAAAGGUCUCUCAUUGCUUUUCUCCUUGACUUACAGACUGCUAAUCUUGUCCUACCAAGAUGGCACUACAUUGAUUGGACGCUUGGAUGCUAAUGCAUCUAGUUUAAUAGACAUAUCGUAUGUUCUUGAGAACGAUCAAGAUGGCAAACUUCGAACUGCUGGCCUCCAUCACUGGAAAGAACUAAUUUCUGGCAGUGGACUUUUCAUUUGCCUGUCAACUCACAAGUCUAAUGCUGCAACACUAGUAUCCUUGGGUCCUAGUGAAAUGAUUGCGCAGAACCUAAAAUAUGGUUCUGGCUUAUCUUUGCCUUUGGUUGGUGCUGCUGCUUAUAAGCCUUUAUCAAAAGACAAAACUCAUUGUCUUGUAUUACAAGAUGAUGGCAGCCUUCAGAUUUACUCUCAUUUGCCAACAGGAGUUGAUACUACAGGCAAUGUAAGUGCUGAACAAACUAAAAAGCUGGGUUCUAGUAUACUCAACAACAAAACUUAUGCUGGUAUGAACCCGGAGUUUCCUCUCGAUUUUUUUGAGAAGACAAUGUGCAUCACUGGAGAUGUUAAAUUCAGCAGUGAUGCAAUUAAAAAUGGCGAUUCUGAAGGUAUUAGGCAAAGAUUGGCAUCAGAUGAUGGGUUUUUGGAGGGCCCAAGUUCUUCAGGAUUUAAGGUGACAGUAUCAAAUUCAAACUCUGACAUUGUUAUGGUGGGUUGCCGAAUUCAAGUUGGAAAUACAUCAGCAAGUCACAUUCCAUCUGAAGUUACCAUUUUCCAGCGAGUAAUAAAGUUGGAUGAGGGCAUGCGAUCAUGGUAUGACAUUCCUUUCACAGUUGCUGAAUCCCUUCUAGCCGAUGAAGAGUUCAUUAUCUCUGUGGGCCGAACUUUUGAUGGUUCAACCAUGCCUAGAGUAGAUUCUCUGGAAGUUUAUGGUCGUUCUAAGGAUGAAUUUGGUUGGAAAGAGAAAAUGGAUGCUGUGCUGGAUAUGGAAGCCCAUGUUCUUGGUGGUGGUUCUGGUGCUUCAGGGACUGGAAAGAAACGUCUAACUACACAAUCUUCUGCUAUUCAAGAACAAGUUUUGGCUGAUGCCAUCAAACUCCUUUCAAGGAUUUAUUCUCUUAUCAGGUUGCAAAAUACUGAAAUUGAGGAUGUGAAUGGGAAGCUUAAUAAGCUCAAGUGCAGGUCUUUACUGGAAACUGUAUUUCAGAAUGACAGGGAGCCAUUGCUGCAAUCUGCAGCGUGUCGAGUUCUUCAGGCUGUGUUUCCAAAAAGGGAAAUUUACUAUCAGGUGAAAGACACUAUGCGUCUGCUAGGAGUUGUAAAUUCUUUCCCUAUGCUGAUUUCCAGAGUAGGGAUAGGAGGUCCUGCAGCUGUAUGGGUUAUUAAAGAGUUUACUUCCCAGAUGCAUGCAGUGUCAAAAGUUGCAUUACAUCGAAGAUCCAACUUGGCACUGUUUCUUGAAACUCAUGGUCCAGAAGUAAUUGAUGGAUUGAUUCAAGUUCUCUGGGCAAUUCUGGACUGGGAACGACCAGAAACACAGACAAUAAACAGCAUCAUAAUGCCUACAGUGGAACUUAUAUAUAGUUAUGCUGAAUGCCUGGCUUUGCAUGGAAAUCAAACUCGGUCUGUUGCACCUGCUGUUGGAUUGCUUAAGAAACUUCUCUUUGCACCUUAUGAAGCUGUCCAGACAUCCAGCAGUUUGGCUAUAUCAUCUUGGUUGCUUCAAGUCCCUUUUCCAAAGCAGACAAUUAUACCUUCUGAUGAUCCUGCAGAAAGUCAUGUAACAACACAGGUUCCUUCUGUAAACACAAGUGGAAAUUCACAAGUAAUGAUUGAAGAAGAUUCUACUAUAUCAUCUGUACAAUAUUGUUGUGAUGGCUGUUCAACAGUUCCUAUACUUAGACGUAGGUGGCAUUGUAGUAUUUGCCCAGAUUUUGACUUGUGUGAAGCAUGCUACGAAGUUCUUGAUGCCGAUCAGCUCCCUCCACCACAUUCAAGAGAUCAUCCAAUGUCAGCUAUUCCAAUUGAUAUUGAUUCUAUUGCUGGUGAUGGUAAUGAAAUACCUUUCUCCAUGGAUGAGUUGAGUGAUGCAAGCUUAGGACCAUUGUCUACAGAGAUAAGCAUGCAAAAAUCCUCAUCUUCAAUUCAUGUCUUGGAUACAAAUGAAAGUGGAGACUUCACGAUUACCUUAUCUGAUCAAACAAUAGUUUCUAUUUCUGCUUCACAACGUGCUUUGAAUUCUUUGCUGCUUCGUCAUUUGAUAGAAGAGCUCAAUGGCUGGAUGGAGACAACAUCUGGUUUUCGAGCGAUUCCUGUUAUGCAGCUCUUCUAUAGGUUAUCAUCGGCAGUUGGUGGGCCUUUUAUGGAUAGCUCCAAACCUGAAAAUUUAGACUUAGAAAAAUUUGUCAAAUGGUUACUUGAGGAGAUUAAUCUCAAUAAACCUUUCCCAGCUAAAGCACGAACAACAUUUGGUGAGGUUGCAAUUCUUGUCUUCAUGUUCUUCACUUUGAUGCUUCGGAAUUGGCAUCAGCCUGGCAGUGACAGUUCUCAGUCAAAACCAAGUGCCAGUGCAGAUUUACAAGAUAAAAAUUUUGUUACGAUCCCUUUGUCCGUUUCAACUGCCUCAGCCUCUAACGAUGAUCCAGAAAGGACUGAAUUUGCUUCUCAGCUUAUUCGAGCUUGUUCAUUUAUUCGCCAACAAUCUUUUCUGAAUUAUUUAAUGGAUAUUUUGCAGCAGCUUGUCAAUGUUUUCAAGUCUUCGUCAGUAAAUCUUGAAAGUGAUCUUUCUGCUAGUUCUGGUUGUGGUUCUCUUUUGAUUGUGCGGAGAGAGCUACCAGCUGGAAACUUCAUUCCUUUCUUUCCUGAUUCCUAUGCCAAGUCUCACAGCACUGAUAUGUUCUCAGACUAUCAUAAGUUGUUGCUUGAGAAUACUUUCCGUUUAGUGUAUAGUUUAGUGCGUCCAGAAAAGCAAGAGAAAUCUGUCGAAAAGGAUAAGACAUACAAAACAAAUGUUAACAAAGACUUGAAGCUUGAUGGUUUUCAGGAUGUUCUCUGUAGUUAUAUCAGUAAUCCACAUACAACUUUCGUGCGAAGGUAUGCUAGGAGGUUAUUCCUUCAUUUAUGUGGUAGCAAAACUCAAUAUUACAGUAUCAGAGAUUAUUGGCAAUUCUCAAAUGAAGUAAAGAGGCUACACAAAUUGAUCAGUAAAUCUGGAGGGUUUGAAAAUCCUGUGCCUUAUGAGAAGAAUGUCAAGCUUGUCAAGUGCUUGUCUACUAUGUCUGAAGUAGCCACAGCAAGACCCAGGAAUUGGCAGAAAUACUGCUCAAAACACAUUGAACUUCUUCCCUUUUUGAUGAAUGGAAUUUUUAACUUUGGUGAAGAAUCUGUUGUCCAAACACUCAAGCUUUUGAAUUUGGCCUUCUACACUGGAAAGGAUUUGAGCCAUGGCAAACAGAGAACUGGGGAUGCAGUAGCUUCUACUAGAUUGCAAACUUCAGAAUCAAAAAAGAAGAAAAAAGGUGAGGAUACAACUGAAAAUUCUUCUGAAAAAGGUUGCCUGGACAUGGAACAAGCUGUCGAAAUCUUUAACGUCACAGAUGGUCAUAUUCUGAGAAAAUUUAUUGAUUCUUUUCUAUUGGAAUGGAAUUCAUCAAAUGUUCGUCAUGAAUCUAAGAAUGUGUUAUAUGGCCUCUGGCACCAUGGUAAACAAUCAUUAAAGGAGAGUUUGUUAACUGCUCUUUUGGAGAAGUUGAAACAUUUGCCUACUUAUGGGCAAAGCAUAUUGGAGUACACUGAGCUAAUGACAUGGCUCCUGGGAAGAGUCCCUGAUUGCAGUGUGAAGCUAUAUGAUACAGAGCUCAUCAAUCGAUGCCUGACAUCUGAUGCCAUAACCUGUAUAUUUGAGACACUGCAUUCACAAAAUGAACUCCUGGCAAAUCAUCCAAAUUCACGCAUCUAUAGCACUCUAAGUAGCUUGGUAGAAUUUGAUGGUUAUUAUCUCGAGAGUGAGCCAUGUGUAACCUGUAGCUGUCCAGAGGUUCCAUACAGCAGGAUGAAACUGGAAAGUUUGAAAUCUGAGUCAAAAUUCACUGACAACCGCAUCAUAGUAAAAUGCUCUGGAAGCUUUACUAUUCAGUCAAUUACAAUGAAUGUGCAUGAUGCUCGUAAAUCAAAGUCAGUAAAAGUUUUGAACUUGUACUACAAUAAUCGGCCUGUAACUGACUUGUCAGAACUUAAAAACAAUUGGUCUCUUUGGAAGCGUGCAAAAAGCUGUCAUCUUGUCUUUAACCAGACAGAGCUAAAAGUCGAAUUUCCAAUUCCAAUUACUGCUUGCAAUUUCAUGAUUGAGUUGGAUUCGUUUUAUGAAAACCUCCAAGCUUCUUCCCUUGAGUCAUUGCAGUGCCCUAGAUGUAGCAGAUCUGUAACUGAUAAGCAUGGAAUCUGUAGCAAUUGUCAUGAAAAUGCAUACCAAUGCAGACAAUGCCGGAAUAUUAAUUAUGAAAAUUUGGAUUCUUUUCUCUGCAAUGAGUGUGGAUACAGUAAAUAUGGGCGUUUUGAGUUUAAUUUCAUGGCAAAACCUAGCUUUUUGUUUGACAAUAUUGAAAAUGAUGAGGAUAUGAGAAAAGGAUUGGCAGCUAUUGAAUCAGAAUCAGAAAAUGCCCACAGGCGAUACCAGCAACUAUUAGGGUUCAAGAAACCUCUGCUCAAAUUGGUAUCGAGCAUAGGUGAAAAUGAAAUUGAUUCACAGCAGAAGGAUAGUGUUCAACAAAUGAUGGUGUCCUUACCAGGGCCAUCAUGCAAAGUAAGCAGGAAAAUUGCUCUUCUGGGUGUAUUAUAUGGCGAGAAAUGCAAAGCAGCCUUUGAUUCUGUCAGUAAAAGCGUCCAGACUUUGCAGGGACUCAAACGUGUGGUGGUGACAUAUCUUCAACAGAAAAAUUCUGUUGAUGCCAGGGACUCCUUAAGAUUCACAGUUCCAAGAUCAUCCAACAGUUGCUAUGGUUGUGCUAUCACUUUUGUCACUCAGUGUUUGGAGUUUUUGCAAGUGCUUUCAAAACAUGCAAAAUGCAAAAAAGAACUUGUUGCCGCUGGUAUCUUAUCAGAAUUAUUUGAAAAUAACAUUCAUCAGGGUCCUAAAACUGCUCGGGUUCAGGCUAGGGCUGUUCUUUGUGCUUUAACUGAAGGUGAUGCAGAUGCUAUGGCUGAAUUGAACUCCUUAAUAAAGAACAAAGUCAUUUAUUGCCUUGAACACCACCGUUCUGUUGAUGUUUCACUAGCCACACGUGAGGAGCUAUUGCUUCUCACUGAGACAUGUGGUCUGGUAGAUGAAUACUGGGAAGCAAGGUUACGUAUUGUUUUCCAGCUUCUAUUUGCCUCAAUUAAGCUAGGGGCUAAACACCCUGCCAUUUCUGAGCAUAUAAUCCUUCCUUGCUUGAGGAUAAUCUCGCAGGCAUGUACUCCUCCCAGGUCAGAUGCUGCAGAUAAAGAACAAGGGGUGGGAAAGACUACUAUUUUACUGCCAAAGAAUGACCAUAAGCCUUCUAUAUCUCCAAAGAGCCUCCCUUCCACUGCUAAAUCAGAGGAGGUCAUGGAAAAACACUGGGAAGGUGAACGAAAAGGUCAGUUUAUACCAUUGUUAAACUAUUCAGAAUGGGAGAAGGGUGCAUCAUAUCUUGACUUUGUCAGGAGGCAGUACAAAAUACCUCAGCCUAUUAAAAAUAUUGGACAAAGAACCCGGCAAGACAUACAGAAAAAUGAUUAUCUGGCACUCAAAUAUGCACUUAAAUGGAAAAGACGUGCUUGUAGAGCAGCUAAAAAUGGUGUCCCAUCUUUUACCCUUGGUUCAUGGGUCUCUGAGUUGAUUCUAAGUGCUUGUUCACAGUCUAUUAGAUCUGAAGUAUGCAACCUUAUAAAUGUGCUCUGCCAACAGAGUUCUUCUAGACGUUUCCAAUUAUUAAACUUACUCAUGUCCUUACUACCAGCUACUUUACCUGUUGGUGAUAGCGCUGCAGAAUUUUUUGAACUCUUCUUCAAAAUGAUUGAUUCUGAAACUGCACGCCUCUAUCUAACUGUAAAAGGAUGCCUAAAUACUAUAUGCAGCUUAAUAACUUGUGAAGUCCACAAUAUCGAGUCUCAAGAAAGGAGCUUAAGCAUCGAUGUGUCACAGGGAUUCACACUCCAUAAACUGGUUGAGCUGCUUACCAAAUUUGUUGAGGUUCCUAAUAUACGAAUAAGGUUUAUGCAACAUGACUUGUUAUCUGAGAUGCUGGAGGCACUUUUUGUCAUACGAGGUCUGAUAGUGCAGAAGACAAAGCUAAUAAGUGACUGUAACCGACUCUUGAAAGAGCUACUAGAUGGUCUUCUGGUAGAAAGCACUGAGAACAAAUGGAAAUUCAUACGAGCUUGCAUAUCAGGUCUCCAGAGUCAUAGAAAGGAGAGCAAGCAUAGAACUACUUUGUUUAUAUUGGAGCAACUUUGCAAUAUGAUAUGUCCAUCAAAGCCUGAGCCUGUGUAUCUUCUAAUUCUUAACAAAGCUCACACUCAAGAAGAGUUUAUCAGGGGAUCUAUGACUAAGAAUCCUUAUUCCAGUAUUGAGAUUGGUCCACUGAUGCGAGAUGUGAAAAAUAAAAUUUGUCAUCAGCUGGACUUGUUAGGUUUAUUGGAAGAUGAUUAUGGAAUGGAAUUAUUAGUUGCUGGCAAUAUAAUUUCUCUUGAUUUAAGCAUCUCUCAAGUGUAUGAGCAGGUGUGGAAGAAGUACUACAACCAAACACAACACUCAUUAUCGAGUGCAGCUGUACCAUCUUCUGCUGGACUAUCAUCAACAAAAGAUUGUCCUCCUAUGACUGUGACAUACAGACUCCAGGGAUUGGAUGGUGAAGCUACUGAGCCAAUGAUCAAAGAAUUGGAAGAGGAAAGGGAGGAAUCACUAGAUCCUGAAGUUGAGUUUGCAAUAGCAGGAGCUGUUAAGGAAUGUGGAGGACUUGAGAUUAUAUUAGGCAUGAUUCAGUGCAUGCGUGAUGAGGAGCUGAAAUCAGACCAGGAAGAGUUGGGUUUGACGCUCAACCUUCUCAUGUACUGCUGUAAGAUAAGAGAAAAUAGACAAGCUCUAUUAAAAUUAGGGGCUCUUGGUUUGCUGCUUGAAACAGCAAGACGUGCAUUCGCUGUGGAUGCCUUCGAACCAGCUGAAGGCAUCCUUUUGAUUGUAGAAAGCCUGACAAUGGAAGCUAAUGAGAGUGACAUUGGUAUCACUCAAAGCGUGUUCACUGUUACUAAUGAGGAAAGUGGUGCUGGAGAGCAAGCAAAAAAAAUAGUUCUCAUGUUUCUGGAAAGAUUAUGUCAUCCCUUUGACGCCAAGAAGUCAACUAAGCAGCAGAGGAAUGAUGAGAUGGUGGCCAGGAUCUUGCCAUAUUUGACUUACGGGGAGCUCGCAGCUAUGGAAGCUCUAAUCCAACAUUUUGACCCUUACUUGCGAAACUGGGGUGAUUAUGAUAAAUUGCAGAAGCAACAUCAGGAUAAUCCAAAGGAUAACAGUUUGGGUCAUCAAGCUGCUAAGCAGAAAUUUGCUUUAGAAAAUUUUGUGAGGGUAUCUGAGUCGCUCAAGUCAAGUUCCUGCGGCGAGAGGUUGAAAGACAUUAUACUUGAGAAAGGAAUUAUUAGCCUUGCAGUUGAGCACCUAAGAGAAAACUUUGCUAUUAUGGGUCAGGCUGGGUUCAGGUCAAGUGCAGAAUGGACGUCUAAUUUGAAAUUGCCGUCAGUUCCAUUGAUUUUAUCCAUGCUGAGGGGACUGUCGAGGGGUCAUUUGCCUACACAGAGAUGCAUUGAUGAUGAAGGAAUUCUACCACUACUACAUGCUUUAGAACGGGUUCCUGGAGAAAAUGAAAUAGGUGCAAGAGCUGAAAAUUUAUUGGACACACUGGCUGAUAACGAGAAUAAUGGUGAUGGAUUCUUGGGGGAGAAGAUACACAAGUUAAGACAUGCUUCUAGGGACGAAAUGCGUCGCCAAGCUCUGAGGAGAAGAGAGGAAUUACUUCUGGGGUUGGGUAUGCGUCAAGAGUUUGCCAUUGAUGGUGCUGAGCGCAUUGUAGUUUCCCAGCCCGUGAUUGAAGGUUUAGAAGACAUAAAAGAAGAGGAUGGGCUGGCUUGCAUGGUUUGUCGGGAGGGUUAUUCACUUAAACCUAACGAUAUGCUUGGCGUCUACUCGUACAGCAAAAGAGUAAAUCUGGGUGCAACAGCUUCAUCUAGUGCCCGUGGUGACUAUGUAUACACAACCGUUAGCCAUUUCAAUGUUAUUCAUUUUCAGUGCCAUCAGGAGGCAAAGCGAGCUGAUGCUGCACUUAAAAAUCCCAAAAAAGAAUGGGAAGGUGCUACAUUGAGAAACAAUGAGACUUUAUGUAACUGCAUCUUCCCUCUGAGGGGGCCAUCUGUUCCUGUGGUGCAGUAUGUUCGGUUCAUAGAUCAGUACUGGGACAACCUCAAUGCCCUUGGACGCGCAGAUGGUAGCCGACUACGGUUGCUUACCUACGACAUUGUCCUGAUGUUGGCUCGUUUCGCAACUGGUGCUCUGUUCAGCAUGGACUGCAAGGGUGGAGGCAAGGAAAGCAAUUCCCGCUUUCUUCCAUUCAUGAUCCAAAUGGCAUCCUACCUACUUGACCUGGGAAGUCCCAGCCAACAGAGACGGACCAUGGCCAAAUCGGUUGCUGCAUAUUUGUCAAAUGCAUCAUCUUCUUCCUCAGAAUCAUCAAGAACAUCCCCACCCCUCCCUGGGUCACGUUCCUCCCCCAGCUCGUCUGAUGAGACUGUACAGUUCAUGAUGGUUAACUCUCUCCUCUCAGAGUCAUAUGAGGAAUGGCUGCAUCAUCGCCCUGCAUUCUUACAGAGGGGAAUCUACUCUGCUUACAUGCAACACAAGUAUGGUUGGUCGACCUUCAAGUUAUCUGAUUCAGCUUCCAGGGCCAAGCAAUCCGACGAAGGAUCUUCAUCAGAAUUGACAGACAGCACUAAGCUUUUCUCCAUAGUCCAGCCGAUGCUCAUUUAUGCAGGUCUGAUUGAGCAGCUGCAGCAGUUCUUCAAGCUCAACAAGCAAAACAGUCCUGCUGUGGCAUCCAGUGACUCCACCGGGGGUGAAGACCAGAACACAAGCGGCUUGGAGAAGUGGGAGAUCACAAUGAAGGAGCGGCUGGUGAACAUCAAAGAAAUGUCAAGAUUCUCCGAAGAGAUGCUUUCCUGGCUGGAGGACAUGACCAACGCCACUGAUCUACAGGAAGCUUUCGACAUUAUGGGAGCGCUUGCAGAUGCCGUAUCAGGAGGCAUCUCCCAGUGCGAGGACUUUGUCCGAGCUGCAAUAGUUUCUGUCAAGAGCUGAAAGUUGCCAUUGUAUACUUUUAGAAACUGGCUGUCGAUUAUUAGUCUAGAGUGCUAUGCAACUGCAUAGAAUCUAUCGUCGGAUGAUUUAGCACGUAAUUUUUUUUUCUGCUAAUAUCCGUUUUUUUGAAUUUUACUGGAGAGCUCGCAACUGUUUCCAUAUAUUAAAAAUGGAAAAACCCUCUUCCGAUAGUUAAUGUCAGUCAUCUUUCAAUCUUU